UUGGACGCUGAUUUAAUAAUAUUAACUUCAAUUGUCGCUUAUUCUGUGGUGCCGUAAGGUUCGAUAAAUCGUCGUUUAUUUUUUUGCUUACCGUACCAAUAAGCAUGGAUCAUUAACUUCUUAUACCACUGUGUGGAUUGAUCAUAAUUAUUACCAGUAUCUUGUUGAUACGCUUUACACGUGUUGUUUAUUUUUAUGAAAAACAAUUUUUUUUCUUAUCUAAAAGAUUAAUUAGAGUGUGUUGAAAUGAAGUUUCCAAUGUUAUUAUGUCUGAUAUUAUUAUAUUAUUUUUUAAGUAUCGUAGAUGGUCUAAAAGUACUAGUUUGUUAUCCUUUACCUGUGAAAAGUGUAAGCAUUUUGGGACAAGGUGUGGUUAGAAAUUUAUUGGAAGCUGGACAUGAGGUAACGUACAUGACAGUGUAUCCCCUAAAGAAUCCGCCAACGAAGAACUUCCGUCAAAUUGAUAUCAGCAGCAACACUGCUCUAGUCGCAGGUGAUCAAAUGCUGUCAAUAGAAUAUAUUCUAAACAAUAAACUUGAGAAGACUUCCUCUCGAGAUAUUCAAUUAUUUGGCCAAGAAGCUGCUAGAAUGACUCUUAAUCACGAAAAUGUGAUAAAACUCCUUGAAGAUCCGAAUGAGCACUUCGAUGUUAUUCUGACAGAUUUAUUAGAAUCUGAAUUAUAUUCUGGAUUUGCAGUUGUAUAUGAAUGUCCUAUGACAUGGGUAUACUCUAUGGGGGCGCAUUGGCAAGUACUGAGAAUGAUAGACGUUGCUACGAGCCCUGCUUACGACCCAGACUACUUGUCUUCAAACACAAAUCCAUUAUCUUUCACAGAAAGGGUUGAUGAACUAUGGACACGAAUCCAAUGGCAAUUCUUCAAAACAUUUUUUACUCAACCUGAAGAACGCAGAAUUUACGAAGCAGUUUUUGGUCCAGUGCUAGUUAAACGUGGAGGAACGCUUCCAGAUUAUGAAGACGUAAUUUACAAUGCUUCGCUUAUAUUCGGUAAUGAAUAUGACGCUGUACGCAAUCGACCAAGCACUCCACAGAACUUCAAGUACAUCGGUGGAAUUCAUAUUGAGGAACCCGUGACACCCCUGCCAAAGGAUCUCCAAGACCUUAUUGACAAUUCGAAGCAUGGUGUCAUAUAUUUCAGUAUGGGAUCAUUUUUACAAAGCAAGACUUUGCCGAGGAAAGUGAUCAUGGAAUUACUUCAGAUGUUCGGAAAAUUUAAACAAACAGUCAUUUGGAAAUUCGAAGAUAAUAGUUUGCAAGAUGUCCAGAAGAACGUUCACAUUGUAAACUGGGCUCCACAGCCAAGCAUUUUAGCUCAUCCAAAUGUCAAAAUGUUCCUAACCCAUGGAGGUCUGUUCUCAUCUAUAGAAGCUGUUCACUUUGGAGUACCAACCAUAGGAAUUCCAGUACUCUUUGACCAAAUCACGAAUGUCAAUAAAGCCGUGCUAAAUGGGUAUGCUCUUAAAGUGGAGUUGUCCCAUAAUUUGGCUAAAGACUUGAAGGCUGCCAUUAAUGUUGUGUUAAGUGAUGAUCGUUACACUAAGAAAGCGAAAGAGCUAUCCGCUAUCUAUCACGAUCGCUUGACGAAACCUGGUCUAGCUCUCGCAUACUGGGUGGAACACGUAGUGCGCACAUGCGGUGCUCUUCACCUGCGCUCUCCAGCACUCCACGUACCAUUACAUCAACGUCUUUAUCUAGAUCUUUUAGUAAUAAUCCUGACAACUACGUUUGCAUUGGUUUUCCUGCUAAGAAGACUUUGCCAGAAGAGAAAUGGAAUAGAAUAUUAUGGCCAGAAAAAAUCAAAUUGAAUUUUAUAUUCUAGAUCCAAUGAUUUAAAAGCAAACCUGAUUUUAGAAAUAAAUAUACAAUCGUAAGAUAGGCUGAAAGUUUUCUAUUGUGAAAUACCAACGUAAAGUUUUAUAGUGCACUAGUUUAAGAACUGAUUACACAUAUUUUAUUAAAGAACAAACACUUCGAA